GGAUCUGAUCACUCCGGUGCUGGCUGGACUGCUGGAGAGCGACAUCUCCAAGAUGCUGUCGUUUGAGAGGUUCUUUGCCACCAUUGAGAACAUCAGCAAGAUGAGGGUUGUGGAUGUGUUCUGUGUGUACCUUUGUACCUGCCACAAAGUCUACAUCAGUCCAGAGGAACCUGAUGGUGUAGGGAAGCUAAAGGAGCUGAUACAGAAGCAGACUGACCUGGACCCUCGCUACCAGGAGCUGUUCUUUGAGAACCUUCCCUACAAACCUGCCCACCCUGAACCUGCUGCCAAACUACCUUUCACCACUGUAUGUAUAUAUGGAUCAUUAUAUAGCUGUAACAAUUACCAAUCUAAAUUCACAGUUUUAAAGCGA